AUGGCAGUUACAAUACGAGUAGUAGUGCUUUUAACGAUAGCUAUACAAGUAUGGGCAGAGGAAUUAGACCCUGUAAGGGACCAAAUCGCUUGGUUUUUGAAGAAAACUCAGGGUGUAAAAACAACACUAACUACAGCCAAUGGGGAACCAGUUGAACGUCGAAAAACUAGAACAUUAAAUCAAAAAUUGUUGUACAAUAAUUUCUUCACCGAAUCCAUCGCUCACGCAAACCGGGAACGAAUUCCUGAACGCAUAGUUCACGGCAAAGGUGUUGGUGCAUUUGGUUACUUCGAAGUGACGCACAAUGUAACAGAAUAUAUAAAAGCAGAUUUUCUAAGCGAAAUCGGUAAAAAGACACCAGUAGCGGCUAGAUUUUCACCAGCCAUUGGAGAGCGAGGACUCAGCGAUACUUCUAGAAGCAUGAAAGGCUUCGCAGUAAAGUUUUACACGAAUGAAGGUAACUUCGACAUAGUUGGGCUAAGCACUCCCAUGUUCGCAUUCAAGGAUCCCACAUUAUUCUUCACGUUUCUGCAUGUUGAAAGCAGAAACCCCACAACUAACAUAGUCGAUGAAAAUAUGCACUGGGACUUCUUAACGCGAAAUCCGGAAUCGCUAAAUAUGUUCACAACAGUAUAUACAGAUGGCGGUAUACCAAGAGGCUAUCGAAAGAUGCCUGGACACAGUAUCCACACAUAUCAGGUACAAAAUAAAAACGGCGACAUUUACUUCGUUAGAUUUCAUUUUAUCCCAGAAGACGGUGAAGAUAGUUUAACAGCAGAAGAAGCGAACGAAUUAGAUGGGAAUGAUCCUGACUCCUUUACAAGAGAUAUGUAUGAAGCGAUUGCAUGUGGAAAACGAGUCGCUUGGGAUUUUGGUAUACAACUCCUAACACCAGAACAGGCUUUAAAUGCAAAUAUCGACGUCUUUGAUCCAACGUUAGAGCUCCCCUAUGAGGAUUAUCCUCUAACACCCGUUGGUAAAUUAGUUCUGAAUAGGAACCCAGUCAAUUACUUCGCUGAAAUCGAACAACUAGCUUACUGUCCAUGUAAUUUAGUACCUGGAAUAGAUGGAGCACCAGACAAGCUAUUCGAAUCACGCCUCUGGGCCUAUAAAGAUGCUCAAUUCUAUCGUUUAGGAAUAAACUUUCAUAAUAUUAAAGUAAACUGUCCACUUGCAUCUGUAACACGUCAUUAUUAUUAUAAAGACGGCGCCGCACCAGUGAAUGACAACGGAGAAGAUACACCUAAUUAUUAUGAUAACUCUUUCAAUGGGCCGAUGCCGUAUGAUGAUUAUGAUCGAAGUAAAAUAAUAGAAAUAGAAGAAGGAGAAUCAGAUAAUCUUUGGCAGAUCGCAGAAAUGUAUUCAAAAUUGUCAAAGGGAGAGAGGAGUAGAUUGAUAAGCAAUAUAGUGAACAGCUUGGGUAAUACUGUUAAAUUUAUACGUGAAAGAGCUGUAAAAAUAUAUACAGAAAUUGAACCAGAUCUGGGCAAUAGAAUUAAAAAUGGUUUAAAAGAAUUUGAAAAAGAACCAGCUUGCAGAAUACCAUUUGAUGAAAUGCCUAAGAACCGUGAUUGA